CAGGGUGAUUGCGACUGAAGUUCGCCUUGACUUUCUUCGUCCCAGUUUUGACCACGAUUGCUUUCUGUCUUCUUUUGCUAUCGAUUGUCUGUGGCAUAGCUACCUCUUCGCUGCUCUUAUUGUAUUUCCGGGGCGCAAUUCGAACCGGCAUCGGACUGUUGACCGUCGCAAACCCGCUUCGCAACCGCGUCGACCGUCGGACUUCCUCCUACAGGACAGACUUUGCUUGGCAAUUGUCCCCUACAUUUCCGGCUGGAUCUAUUACUCAAUCGAUUCGUUUUCUUGGCGGGCCGUUACCAUAUCCACGAUGUAUCUGAUAUCGAAAGCUUUGCAAUAUGGCGCUCCAUUCUUCAUUAUCACGUCGCCGGUGACGUCCUACGCAGAUCAGAUUAUCAGUAUCAAUCGAAACAGGAGCUCGGCUGGGUUUUCGCUGGACAUUCCGUUGAUUAUGCUUAUCGCGUCGGUUAUGAAGGUAUUCUAUUGGUUCGGCGCUUACUACGAUGUCUCGCUGCUGGUACAAGCUGUGAUUACAAUCGGGGUUCAGAUCGUGUUGCUCAAGGUUGCACUGGAUAACAGGCCGUCUCCGGGGAUCAAGAGCGGGAUCGAGCAUACGCCGUUCAGUAACCUCGAUGCAGGCGGAUUGUCCAGGCCAUAUGAGUUCUGGCAAUGGAAGAAUGCUAGGCCGUACUGGAUGUUCCUCGCGUAUUUCGCCGCUAGCCUGUCCUUUAUCCACGUCUUGAUGUCCUACUCACAAACCUACAUCGACCUGCUGGGCUAUGUCGGUCUAGCCAUUGAGGCAACGCUCCCAUUGCCUCAAAUCAUUGCCAACCACAGCUCCCGCUCGUGCAAAGGAUUCCGUCUCUCCGUCGUCGCAGCAUGGGUUCUUGGUGACACGAUGAAGCUCAGCUACUUCUUUUUUGGUGGACAGUUUGUUCCCUGGGCGUUCCGUCUGUGCGCCAUGUUUCAAUGCGUUUGUGACUGCUACCUCGGAUUCCAGUUCUACUUGUACACUCCUCAGGUUGCGGGCAGCCCUAGGAACCAGGAGAGCUGGGGGGCCGAGGAGAAGGAUAUUCGGAUGACUUGAUGCAUUGAUGAACCUUUUACGUUGUAGCGGUACUUUGUGUACUGUAUAUAGAUAGAUUUUGUUGUAAUACUUACGAGAUAAACUAGGAUAUAGUUAUAGUGAUAGAUUGACUAAUGAAGAUGAAUAAGAAGCCAUUGAGCGUUUCGAUUUAGUCGUAAUGCAUGUAGCCUCAAUGUCACACCUGAGAUCUCCAUAUUCUCAAUAUCCGUCCGCACAAACGCAUAGCCUGGGCGUUGGUUAUAUUAACUGAACGUCUGGUUCAAGGAGAAAUGACUUGCAUCCAUGUGAGUCACAGAUAUGAGCCCUCCUAGCGCCCCCUGAACGUUGCUGAUUAUCAGACAAGCCCUGAAACCUAAAGGUACUGUGGGUGUCUUUCCAUAUCAUGACAUGGUCAUUUUUAGGCCUUGUGUCAUUGUAGCUAACUCGUAUAGAAUCUGAAGUCAGAGCCCCUUCACGACACAGCAGCACCGAG